GAAGAGAGUUACUAGAGGGUUGACAUAUGUGGACUUUUGCACCCAUUGCGGUUGAUUUAUCAGAAUGAUUCCCUUUGAUAUGGGCUCCUUGAGAUAGUUUGCUCUGGAGCUAGUAGCAGCAAGGCAAAUCCAAAUUGUUGCUUGCAAACGAAUAAUGGCUUCUGUUUUGGUCUCUCGUUUUUCACGUAGAUCUAUUAAAUCUUGUCUCCCUUCUUCUGGCCCUUCAGUGUCUCUGUGCCGCUCUAUAUUUGAUCCUUCAGUCCCCAUUCAAUCAUCUGUUUAUCUAAUUCCUUCUCUGAAUCCUUGCCUUUCAAAUCUUCCAUUCAGGCAAUCCCUCCCUCAGAUUUUUCAUUUUGAAUUCUGUAAAAGUAUUAGAUUUCACCCAGAUUUCCAUUCUGUUGCACACAUUUCUACGUCUUCUGGUGUUGGAGGGGAUUCUAAGGAACGCAAGAGUUUAAGUGGUAAUGAAAGUGACGUGAGAUUUCCAGCAGCCAACCUCUCUUGGAUUGAUUUAUACCUUCCGAGGCGGGUUCAGCCCUAUGCUCGACUUGCUCGGCUUGACAAGCCAAUUGGAACAUGGUUGCUUUUAUGGCCUUGUAUGUGGUCAAUUACCUUGGCAGCAACUCCAGGGCAUCUUCCUGAUUUUAAAAUGUUGGCACUGUUUGGAUGUGGUGCAUUGCUUUUAAGGGGUGCUGGUUGUACUAUUAAUGAUCUUCUUGAUCGGGAUAUUGAUACAAAGGUAGAGCGUACAAAGGUCAGACCAGUUGCAAGUGGUCUUUUGACACCAUUUCAAGGACUCUGUUUUCUUGGUUUUCAAUUGCUUUUGGGUCUUGGGAUUCUUCUACAACUAAAUAAUUAUAGUCGUGUCUUGGGAGCUUCAUCUUUGUUGCUUGUCUUCUCCUAUCCUCUCAUGAAGAGGUUUACAUUUUGGCCUCAAGCCUUUCUUGGGUUGACCUUUAACUGGGGGGCUCUAUUGGGAUGGGCUGCAGUUAUGGGAAGCCUGAAUCCAGCUAUUGUGCUUCCACUUUAUGCCUCUGGAUUUUUCUGGACUCUUGUGUAUGAUACAAUAUAUGCUCAUCAGGAUAAAGAAGAUGAUGUGAAAGUGGGAGUUAAAUCAACAGCUUUGCUCUUUGGUGAGUCAACAAAGCAGUGGGUUUCUGGGUUUGGCAUCGCAUGCAUUGGUAGUCUUGCCUUGAGUGGAUUUAAUGCUGAGAUUGGCUGGCCUUAUUAUCCAUUUCUGGGAGCUGCAUCCGGACACCUAGCCUGGCAAAUUUGGACAGUUGACCUUUCAUCACGUUCUGUUUGCAACAAUAAAUUUGUCUCAAAUAAGUGGUUUGGAGCCAUUAUAUUUGGUGGAAUCCUUGCUGGCAAGCUUGCAUCAUAGCGGGUUAUUAAGUUCUCAGACUCAGUUCAUCACGACCAAGCUUCAUUUAAUGGAGAUGAAGAAAAAGGGUUGGAAUUUCACUCUGAUGGAAAACAGGAUUUCUUAUUGUUUGCCCAGUUCAAUAAUGACUUGGCAUUUGAUAGCGUUGACGAGCUAGACAGUUUACAUGACGUGACUUCAAUCUUUGUCCAUGGCAUCAUGAGGGGGGGAAAAAAAGAUUCUUUUUUCAUACAAAAAGGGGGGGGGGGGGAAUAUUUGUAAUGUCUGUUGUGUCACAGCUAUAAUCAUCUAAACUGUGACCAUCUAUCUUUGUAUUAUUCCUUUUGAGUGUCAGUUUUCAUCCCUUACACUGGGCUUCUACCAAACGGCAGAGAAAGAUUAUUCACUUUAUAGAAAAACAAUAUAUAUAUAUAUAUAUUUAUAAGAGAAACGGUAUUGAUGUUUCUUUUGAAAA